CGAUCCGAAUUUUAUUUUUUUAGGCAGGCCUUGGACAAACAUUCUACACAUUUUUAAUUGUUUUUUUUUCUCCCAAAAACCCUGCUAGGUCCGGUCAAAAUUUACAAAUUUGUAUAAGCAUGUUCGGCCCAAAUCUUGACCCAGCUUGAAUUAAUGGGUUAUUAGGCUUAUGCCCAACCCGAAUAAGGCCCGGCCCGCCAAAUGAUCACCCCUGCUAGAGUGUAAAUUCCUGCUACACUACACGACUCACACAAAAAUUAGAAGAAAACCGAAUCCGACACCUCAAACGCCGCCGUGAAUCAAUGACCGGCGUCGGAAGGCAACGGUGGAAGAACAAAAAAGCGUCGAAACGCUCAAUCCUAAUUUUCUCUCUUCUCAUUCUCUCUCUCAUCUUCUUCAUCUUCUACCAAGAGAUCUCCACUUUCAUUCUUCCACUCUCCUCGAAAUCUCUCUCCUCUCAAUUCCCACAAUGCGUUGCUAAAAGCGUCGAGAAAUUCUUAUGGUAUGCCCCACACAGCGGAUUCAAUAAUCAGCUAUCCGAGUUCAAAAACGCUGUUUUAAUGGCGGCGAUUCUUAAUCGGACUUUGAUUGUUCCUCCUGUUUUGGAUCAUCAUGCUGUUGUUCUUGGUAGUUGUCCUAAGUUUAGGGUUUUGGAACCAAAGGAGCUUCGGGUUGAGGUUUGGGAUCAUGUUAUUGAUUUGAUUAAGGGAGGAAGGUAUGUAUCCAUGGCAGAGAUCAUUGAUCUUUCUUCAGUAUCUACUGUGGUUAAGACAAUAGAUUUCAGACAUUUCAUAUCAAUGUGGUGUGGUGUGGGCUUAGAUUCUCUUUGCUCAGAUGACCCCAAUGUCCAGACAUCUUUGAUGAGUGAUCUGAAGAAAUGUGGGUCAUUUCUAUCUGGAUAUCAUGGUAAUGUAGAUACGUGUUUGCAUGCUAUUGAUGUAGAUUGCAGAACUACAGUCUGGACAUAUCAAGAGAAUGAUUCAGAUGGGGGUUUGGAUUCCUUUCAGCCUGAUGAACAACUCAAAAUAAAAAAGAAAAUUUCAUACGUCAGGCAUCGACGAGAUGUGUAUAAAAGUCUUGGACCUGGUUCUGAAGUUUAUUCUUCAACUGUGCUAGCGUUUGGAAGUUUAUUCUCUGCUCCAUAUAGAGGCUCACAGCUCUACAUUGACAUUAAAGAAUCUCCAAGAGACCAUAAAAUUCAAUCCUUGCUUGGUAUGAUUGAUUUUAUGCCAUUUGCUCCAGAAAUCAUUAAUGCAGGAAAGGAGUUUGUCCAAAAGAACAUCAGAAAACCGUUUCUUUGUGCACAACUAAGGUUGUUAGAUGGGCAAUUUAAGAAUCAUUGGAAGGGAACCUUUUCAGUUCUUAAGCAGAAGGUUGAAGCUUUAAAACAGAAGGGCUCUCUCCCUAUUCAUAUCUUUGUGAUGACCGAUCUUCCCAGAAGUAAUUGGAGCAGCUGCUACCUGGGAGACUUGGCCAGCAAUGCAAACUCAUUCAAACUUCAUGUCUUGAGUGACGAAGAGGUGGUUGUGAAAAGAACUGCAAGUAAAAUUGCAGCCGCAUUCGAUAGCACUAAGGUUAGCCAUUGCUCUCGUCGGCCACUUGAUGUUCUUCUUUACGUGGAGGAGACUGUUUGUAGCUGUGCUUCCCUGGGAUUUGUUGGGACAGCUGGGUCUACAAUUGCAGAAAAUAUAGAGAUGAUGAGAAAGAACAGCGUCUGUUUAAAUUCAGAUGAGAUUGCAGUGUGACUCCAUGUAUUGUGAAGCAAUCUUUAAUUGUUGAAUGCUGCCUAUCAAAUUGAUUUACUAUCUCAUGAGACUCUAGUCUCAGUGGCUACUGCAAGCUGACUAGCCUGUGUCUCUCUUUGCUGGAUUCCUGGAAAUUAAGCAUGGUGUACUACGGAUAAAAUCAUGAAGCCCGGUGAUUGCUGCAAUGGUUGCUGGAAUUCUUAUUGGCAGCCUUCCUGGCUUCCUGCUACAUUCUUUUCCAGGACUGAUGUCUUUAACGCAUUGUAUGGCAUGCAGCAAGUUCACAUACUUUGGGAGGCCGUGGAGUGGAUAAGUGUUAAAAUAUUAUAUGUUCAUAUCUGUCAUAUGCACAAGGUAUGCCUGGCUCAGUUGGUGAGAUGGAUGUCAAUGAAGUUAUAAAACUCUAUAAGUGCAAUAAAGUUGUGGAUUUGAUACUCGCUUUACUA